CCAGCUUCCAACGUCCAAACGCCUCGCCCAUGUCGCAAUUGAUUGAUAUCUUCAUGGCGUUGAUUACGUCGAGGAAGCGUAGUAUCCGCUGACCCCACUUAACCUGCCCGUGAUGGUGAUGUAAAUAUGUGAGCAAUUUGAAAUCAUGAGCGUUAUCUGAAGUCGGCCCUUUUUUUAUCUCAGUGCCUCCAGGUGCCUCCCCGUACUUCCAGGUACUUCCGCGUGCCGAUUUCGGGUAUCAAAGAUCAGCCCAAUCGGCAUGGCAUGUACCGGAUGUGUCCCAAAAUGUUGCGUAGUACGGACACCGUUUUUCGCAUCCUCUCCACUCCACAUCCUCCUUUCCACCAGACAAUGUCCAACUUCAAUCCCUCUGUCUUCGGCCUCAAAGAUUCGUCACUCAUUAAAACUCGGGGACUCAUCGAUGGGAAAUGGGUGGAUGCGAAGGAUGGGUCAACGUUUCAGGUGACCAACCCGGCCACGCUUGAGGAGCUGGCGAUCGUGCCAGAUAUGGGUCUUGUGGAGACCAAGGAAGCCAUCGAUGCUGCUGCAAGAGCUUUCCCUUCAUGGAGCGCGACCACGCCCAAACACAAACAAGAGCUUCUCAACAAGUUGCAUAACCUUAUGAUUGAACACCACGAUGAUCUGUCUCGAUUGAUCACCGUUGAGAACGGAAAGGCUCUUCCUGACGCGAUUGGCGAGAACAGAUACAGCGCAUCUUUUAUUGAUUGGUAUGCGGCCGAAGCGGUUCGCACUUACGGAGACCAUAUCCCUUCAGUCAUUCCUGGUCUCCGCAAUGUUAUCGUCAAGCAACCGGUUGGUGUCGUGGCCAUUCUUACUCCCUGGAACUUCCCGUCAGCCAUGAUCACUCGUAAGCUUGGCGCCGCCUUGGCUGCUGGAUGCACGGCUGUCAUUAAACCUGCUCCCGAGACGCCUUUCAGUGCCCUUGCGUUGGCAGAACUUUGCAACCGGGCCGGCUUCCCUCCAGGCGUCGUCAACGUUGUGACUACUCAGAGGAAUGUGGCAUCGGUUGGUAAGGAGAUGUGCGAGAGUAAAAUUGUCAAAAAGGUCACCUUCACUGGUUCGACCAAUGUUGCCAAAUUGCUGUACAGCAUGGCUGCGAGCACUUUGAAAAAAAUAUCCAUUGAAGCUGGAGGCAAUGCUCCUUUCAUUGUGUUCGAUGAUGCGAACAUCGACGAAGCUGUCACUGCUGCUAUAGCUUGCAAAUUCCGUGGUGGCGGACAGACUUGUGUCUGCGCCAAUCGUCUUUACGUUCAUUCAUCUGUCUACGACGAAUUUGCGUCCAAGCUGGCGUCGCAGGUAUCAGCAUUCAAGGUCGGAAAUGGUGUAGCUGAUGGAGUCACUCACGGUCCUCUCAUUCACCGUCGCGCCUUGGAGAAAGUACACUCCCACGUUGAGGACGCCGUAUCUCGAGGUGCCUCAGUUGUUCUUGGAGGUAAACCUAUAGAUCCCGAAGAUCAGACAUCGUCCUUCUACCACCCCACUAUCCUCACUGACGUUCCCACCGAUGCUCUGGUCAACACCGAAGAGACCUUUGGGCCGCUGGCAUCUCUGACCAAGUUUGAAACGGAGGAGGAGGUCCUCCGAUUGGCGAACGACGUCGAUGUCGGCCUUGCUGGAUACCUCUUUUCGAGAGAUGUUGGUCGUGUCUGGCGCGUGGCGGAGAAGCUCGAAGUAGGGAUGGUGGGUACUAAUGUGGGCAUGAUCACUCAGGCGGCGAUACCGUUUGGUGGAAUCAAGGAGAGUGGGAUUGGACGUGAGGGUGGGCCUCGUGGUAUUGAUGAGUAUAUGAACGAGAAGCUUAUCGUAUUUGGAGGCAUUGGAGCAUGAAAAUGAGUAAACGCGAAUGCAGAGAGGUGUUUGCAGUUGUAAUUAAUAUUGUAUUACAUGAUCAAGUGAGCGCGCAAAGUUGCAUGCGUUGUAUGUUCAAAUAUUGAUUAAAAGUUGUCA